AGGAGUGAGAGGUGCAUGAAAUGGAGAAAAAUGGCGGAUCAUGUGCAGGGCCUUGCCCAGCUGGAGAUCCUGUGUAAGCAGCUGUAUGAGACCACCGACACCGCCGUGCGACACCAGGCAGAGAAAGCUCUGGUGGAGUUCACCAACAGCCCUGACUGUCUCAGUAAAUGUCAGCUGCUGCUGGAGAGAGGCAGUUCUUCUUAUUCUCAGCUACUUGCCGCCACUUGUUUAUCUAAACUGGUGUCUCGGACCAGUAACCCUUUACCCCUUGAGCAACGCAUUGACAUUCGGAACUAUGUGUUGAAUUACCUGGCAACACGGCCGAAGUUAGCAGCAUUUGUGACCCAGGCUCUGAUCCAGCUUUAUGCCCGGAUCACCAAACUGGGCUGGUUUGACUGUCAGAAAGAUGACUACGUCUUUAGAAACGUCAUCGCUGAUGUUACGCGAUUCCUGCAGGACAGCGUGGAGCAUUGCAUCAUAGGUGUCACCAUCCUGUCCCAGCUGACGAACGAGAUAAAUCAGGCCGACACAACGCAUCCGCUGACCAAACAUAGGAAGAUUGCGUCAUCGUUCAGAGACUCCUCGCUCUUUGACAUCUUCACACUUUCCUGCAACCUCCUCAAACAGGCUUCAGGGAAGAACCUGAACCUGAACGAUGAGUCCCAGCACGGCCUGCUGAUGCAGCUCCUCAAGCUCAGCUACAAUUGCCUCAACUUUGAUUUUAUAGGAACUUCCACAGACGAGUCAUCAGAUGACCUUUGCACUGUACAGAUUCCAACAUCAUGGAGAUCAGCGUUUCUCGAUUCCUCCACCCUGCAGCUGUUUUUCAAUUUAUAUCAUUCCCUCCCUCCGUCCCUUUCCCCGCUGGUGCUGUCCUGUUUAGUUCAGAUCGCCUCUGUCAGGCGGUCUCUCUUCAACAAUGCAGAGCGAGCAAAGUUCCUCUCCCAUCUGGUGGACGGCGUGAAGAGGAUAUUGGCGAACCCACAAUGUCUGCCGGAUCCCAACAACUACCACGAGUUCUGCCGCCUGCUGGCGAGGCUGAAGAGUAACUACCAGCUGGGAGAACUGGUCAAAGUGGAAAACUACCCUGAGGUGAUCCGUCUCAUUGCCAACUUCACCGUCACCAGCCUGCAGCACUGGGAGUUUGCCCCCAACAGUGUCCACUACCUGCUGAGUCUGUGGCAGCGCCUGGCAGCGUCUGUCCCCUACGUCAAAGCCACCGAGCCCCACCUGCUGGAGACCUACACCCCAGAGGUGACCAAGGCCUACAUCACGUCGCGGCUGGAGUCGGUCCACGUCAUCCUCAGAGACGGCUUAGAGGACCCUCUGGAUGACGCUGGGCUGGUCCAGCAGCAGUUGGACCAGUUGUCCACCAUCGGCCGGUGUGAGUACGAGAAGACGUGUGCUCUGCUGGUGCAGCUGUUUGACCAGGCAGCUCAGACCUACCAGGAGCUGCUGCAGUCCACCAACUCCAGUGCUGCAGACGUCACCGUGCAGGAGGGUCGGUUGACAUGGUUGGUCUAUAUAAUCGGAGCCGUGAUCGGUGGACGGGUGUCGUUUGCCAGUACGGAUGAGCAGGAUGCCAUGGAUGGAGAGUUGGUCUGCCGGGUUCUGCAGCUGAUGAACCUGACGGACUCCCGGCUGGCUCAGGCAGGCAACGAGAGGCUAGAGCUGGCCAUGCUCAGCUUCUUCGAACAGUUCCGAAAAAUCUACAUCGGCGACCAGGUGCAGAAGUCCUCAAAGCUUUAUCGACGAUUAUCAGAGGUUCUGGGGCUGAACGAUGAGACGAUGGUACUCAGCGUCUUUAUAGGGAAAAUCAUUACAAACUUGAAGUACUGGGGCCAGUGUGAGCCGAUCACGUCCAAAACCCUCCAGCUGCUGAACGACCUCUCCUUAGGAUACAGCAGCGUGAGGAAGCUGGUGAAGCUCAGCGCUGUCCAGUUCAUGCUGAACAACCACACCAGUGAGCAUUUCUCUUUCCUGGGCGUGAACAACCAGUCCAACCUGAGUGACAUGCGCUGUCGGACCACCUUCUACACGGCCUUGGGUCGCCUGCUCAUGGUCGAUCUGGGUGAGGACGAGGACCAGUUUGAACAGUUCAUGUUACCUCUGACUGCUGCGUUUGAGGCUGUGGCUCAGAUGCUGAGUACGAACACAUUCAACGAGCAGGAAGCCAAGAGGACUUUGGUGGGUUUGGUGCGAGACCUCCGGGGCAUCGCGUUUGCCUUCAACGCCAAGACAAGUUUCAUGAUGCUGUUCGACUGGAUAUACCCAACGUACAUGCCCAUCCUGCAGCGGGCCAUUGAGCUGUGGUACCACGACCCGGCCUGCACCACUCCUGUCCUCAAGCUAAUGGCGGAGCUCGUUCACAACAGAUCGCAGCGGCUUCAGUUUGAUGUAUCGUCACCAAAUGGGAUCCUGCUGUUCAGGGAAACCAGCAAGAUGAUCACCACAUACGGGAACCGGAUCCUGACGCUGGGCGAGGUUCCUAAGGACCAGGUGUACGGCGUCAAGCUGAAGGGCGUCAGCGUGUGCUUCGCCAUGCUCAAGGCCGUGCUCAGCGGAAACUACGUCAACUUUGGGGUCUUCCGUCUCUAUGGCGAUGACGCCCUGGACAACGCCUUGCAAACCUUCAUCAAACUACUGCUCUCCAUCCCUCACAGUGACUUACUAGAUUACCCGAAGCUCAGCCAGUCCUUCUACUCUCUGCUGGAGGUUCUGACUCAGGACCACAUGAACUUCAUCGCCAGUUUAGAGCCGCACGUCGUCAUGUACAUCCUGUCAUCGAUAUCAGAAGGCCUCACGGCGCUGGAUACGAUGGUGUGCACCGGCUGCUGCUCCAGUUUGGACCACAUAGUCACCUACCUGUUCAAGCAGCUGUCACGCUCCACCAAGAAGAGGCCUGCUCCCAUGGCAACAGACGACCGCUUCCUGCACAUCAUGCAGCAGCACCCAGAGAUGAUCCAGCAGAUGCUGUCCACCGUGUUGAACAUCAUCAUCUUCGAGGACUGCAGGAAUCAGUGGUCCAUGUCCAGGCCACUGCUGGGCCUUAUCCUGCUCAAUGAGAAGUAUUUCGCUGACCUGAGGAACAGCAUCGUCAGCAGCCAGCCUCCUGAGAAGCAGCAGGCCAUGCACUUAUGCUUUGAGAACUUGAUGGAGGGAAUAGAGCGAAACCUUCUAACAAAGAAUCGAGACAGGUUCACACAGAACCUGUCCGUGUUCAGGAGGGAAGUCAAUGACAGCAUGAAGAACUCGACGUACGGCGUCAACAGCAACGACAUGAUGAGCUGACAUUCCACACGGCAGAGCCUCACCCAGCUGCAGAGCGGGCGCCCCCCAGACCCCCACCCUGCGUCCC